AAUACAUGCAGAGCUCUACGUUGGUGUAAUCCGUACUCAAUUUUCAAAGCGUUUUUGCUUGAAAUCAGGAGUUUUGCAUAGAUCAAGAACGGAUUUCAAACAAGUUUAGCAUCACAAUGACGUCUGGCUUGGAGUUAUCUGAGAAACAUUCAGAGUCGGGGCAGCGAGGUGGCAGAAGAACUCGACAUUGCAUGCUAUCUCGUUUGCAGGUUGCAGUGUUUGUUACAGUAGCCAUACUGCUAAUGGCAGUUGUCGGAAUCUUGAUGGCGAUGUUCGGUCCUGGAAGUAAAAAUUUGAAAUAUCGAGACGAUGAAGACUGCAAAGGUAGGAAAGAUGUGUUUACGUGUAGGGGUAUAGAAUCGGUUCCUCCAAAAACACGGGUCUCGGAAAGUUUUGGCUCGAACGCGAAAUCUCGGAAGCGUAUUUGACAGGUCCGGGCCCCGGGGGGGGGGGUAUACUUAAGGAAUUUUGGGGUGGGGAUGUGUUGCUUGGUCACUGGAACCCUUAACCUAUACCAGAGCUAGUUCAAGUGAAUUUUGCUAUACUAGACUAAACUCCAAAAAUCCCCUCCCCCACCGCUAUCCCAGAGUAGCUGUUUUCCGGAAACUAUUUACUGAGGUCACAAACACAGUCCAGCCAAGACAAAACCGAUUUGAUUUUUCAUAUUUUUGAGUGGCAAUUCCCGGUUUCUCUAGUCUAGUCUAAUAUAUAGAUUUAGCCAGGGCUAAAAGCGAAGCUCUCGAUAAUAUUUAUAGUUUGUUCAAACAAAAUAUAAAAUCGUGUAAUGCUAAGCGGCGAAGGCAUGCAACGCCGGAAAACGGUGAAAAACAACAAUAGGUCUAAUUAGCAAAAGCAACUUUGCACGUGCAGCACACUUUUUUUGUACAUUUCUUUGCCGUUGUUUUGCACGACUACAACGCGAAACUUCCAGAAACUUCUUAGUUACACGUUUUAUGGAGGAAAUGUCGUACGUGUUCCCGUUCACUUUUUUUCGAAGCUGCUCAUUUUCACCUUGCAAUGGUGGCCUGUCAAUGUUCAACAUGGCAUCUUUAGAGGACAGACGCAUAGAUCAAUGUGAAAAACUGUUUGAUUCUAUUGUAUGUAAUCCAGAUCAUAAGUUGCAUCAUUUUCUCCCUCCCAAGAACUAUUGUCAUUAUAACCUCAGAGGACAACGCCACUUUGCAAAUCCAGUCAUGCGUACCAAGCGUUUUUCAAGCACAUUUCUGCCAUCUAUGUGCAGGCGUUAGCAGUUAUUGUAUAAAGUUUAAUUCAUCUAAAGUAUAAUUUUUAUAAAUUAGAGUUCUAAAGUAUAAUUUUGUAGAUUUUUUUUUAAAAUUAGUACAUUUUCAUAUUUUAAGUUUUGUAUCAAUUGUAUUUGUAAAUUCAUGCUAUUCAGCCUUGGAGGGCUGCCAUAUGAUUUGAAUUAAAGCUAUCUAUCUAUCUAUCUGACCUCUAGCAUUUCUCAUUUUGUCACCACUACAAAAUUUUCAUGUUGUUCUUGCAACAUGUCUCCUUCGGUUUUUUAUCUCCCGCUCUAAAUCCCUGUCAUCCUUUUUCUCGUUGAGCUUCCCUGGUCUGCCGCCCACUUUCUCUUUUUCUCUGUCUUUCUCUUGCUCUAUAUUCCAAAUUUGUGGACAUGACAAUAUAUCUAAACUUAAUACUUUAGACAACACUGAUACAGAAACAAUUUUCGCUUUCCGUUUUCGUCUUUAUUGACUCUAUUGUUGUCUCUGCUUUAGAAGACGUCGGUGGCUAUGCGAUUUCCCGCCAACAUAACCUCGAGUUGCAUUUGGGUUGCCAUACCUGUUGAUUAAGUUAUUUUACAUUGGUAUACCUGGGGUGCGGACGGAUAGUCUCUCCGGCGGUGUACGGUCACGUGAUUACCAAAUUUUCUCGGAUGGGUAGAUUACUUCAUUUUCUUACCCAUGGUGCUCCGCUGGCGCGCUUCGCGCGCGAGAGCUCCGCUAAAAUUUUCAACCAAUUGAUCAGUAUGCUGGAAAAUGACACCCUAUUCUAGACCUAAACUCUCUGAUUUAUGUACCCUAUCCCAGACUAAACUGCUUGAAAACCAGUGUAAAAUGGGGUUGACAGGCCUACACGACUCCCCAGCGCGUGUUUAAAAUAGCCUUUUUAUAGUUUGGCUCUCACGAGUAUGUCUUUGAGCGACCGCCCUCUUUUAUAAGAUACGAGGGGCGGUUUUUUGGCACAUUUUGGUCCGGAAUCGGGUAUGUUUUUCGAGGGAACUGCGGGAAUUUAUGAACGUAUUUAUCGUUUCAGUUUCAAGUAAAUAAGAAAGAAACUGAUAAUCAAUGCGAAUUCGAAAUGAAUAGUUAUGAAUUUUUUGUUGACGCUCUAAUCUAAGCAGCCUAAGUAAUUUCAAGUUUGAUAACGGGUCUGGAUUUUAGAGGCCAGGCCUGAAAACGGGUGUGGAAAAUGACAUUUUUUGGUCUGAAACAGGGUCAGGAUUUGGAGAACUGGACAGCACACCCCCACCAAGAAUCCCCAGAAGUAACCCCUGGGUUUUAAUACUGGCGCUGAUCAACAAUUAUUUAUUGUUAUUUAGUUAUGCACGUCAUAUUUCACAUUCACUUCGGUCCUUAAGGUUCUCCAACGAAAGCUAGCAACCAGACUAAAGCGACUUAGGCUAUUCCCGCCUUUUUUUGGGAGGGGGGGUGAGGAAGCAUCCGUUCUCGCAUAGGAUUCCUCAAUCCCGUCAUUCCGACCCAAAUUUCCACUCAGUCCCUUAAUCCCGAGGUUUAUUUUCUCCAUCUCGAAUCCCGGAUCCCGAACUGAACCUACUAGUGACCCUCCUUGCAAACUACUACUUUUUUGUUAUUCUUCCUUGUUUUGUUUUUCCAGCAACUGCAGAGAAAGAGAAAAAGCAAACUGCAGGAUCACUUGAUGUACAUUGUCGCGUAGCCAUUAUUGGAGGAGGUACGUAUAUCAAAGUCUUCCUUUCUUUAAAAAAGAUGACAUGUGUCAGAAGCCCAUCACUCUAGCUUGUGCCAAGUUCUAGGUCAGUGCAGACAGGCGAGCAGCAGUGAGCUGACCUUUGCGUCUCCCCCCAGCCCUCACAAGGUUUUCGCGCAAUUUUUUUCGAUCCGCUUUCCCCACCAUCUGGGAGCCUGGAUUCCUGGAACAGGGCAGGUCAACUAGCGAUUCGCGUCGCCGCACUUCAGUGGCUACUAGCAUUGUACAGCAGGCGAGAGAGGAGCGAGGGACGACAGAAUCUCUGUUCUCUUCCCCUUGUCUCCCACCCUUUGCUAGUCUCUCACGCUUUUGCGCUCAAUUUUGUUUUGUUUUGUUUUGACAAGCUUUUCUGGACACAGGCCUGCCCAGAGGGAAUGGGCACGAACGGGACUCAUAGGUCCCAUGCAAGGUGCCAUCCCUACCCAAUCCAACAACCCGUAAAGGUUGGCCACACCACCGGGGUCUACGUCCCCUACUCUUUUCGAAAAGUAGUCUGGGUUCUUUUACGUCCCACAAGAACAGAUCAGUGAAAGUGCUGUGAGACAGGACCUACGGUUUUUUGUCCUUACCCGAGAAGACUAGAAAGUCUAACCAUUGACAGAUGUCAUUACAAAGGCAGCACUUUCUUCUCAGUUAUUUAAAGACCCUAAGUGUUGGUCCGGCCGGGGUUUGAACCCGCGACCUCCCGCUCAGCAGGCCGGCGCUCUCCCAACUGAGCUAACUAGGCGGCCAGCUUCACCCCCAUGUAAUUUGUAUUAUCAGAAUAUCAAUAGAAAUAUUCCUUGUUUGGCGCUGCAUGCCAUGGAAGCUGAAAUGAACUUUGGCCUUAUGGGCCACGUGACUUGAAGACAGACUUAAUUUACUAGCUUAAUUACUUUCUAAUUGAGGUCUUUCCGGUCUUUAUUUUGCUGACACAUUGCUGAGGACAAAGAAAGAAAAGAAUGUCUGCCUUUUUGAGAAAGAAAAUCGCUUUGGUGGCAGGAUUUUUGAUCACUGGUUUUCUCAAGCUCCUAAUAUUACUGUGGGUAAGACGUUAAACAUACAUCAUAAUAAGGAGUGGAGGCCCUUUUUUUAUCCAAACUUAUCUUUCUACCUACGGCUAACACCCUCUCUUCGAGCUUUGUCCCGUCUGAGAGUAACGUGUACCCUUAGGGAUAUAAAAGGGAAGGGGUAGCAAGAGUUUAAGUAUAGACAGGUGUAAGGAAGACUUAUAUUUAAUUUGGAUCUUAAAAAGUAUCUUUAAGGCACCCACCUUAGGCUGAUACGUACCCAUCUCCCCCGCGGGGUGCCCCUUGCUCUAAAGUUGUCCUGACAUUUUCAUUCACCCUUCUUGACAGCGCGGCUCGGUUUCUGCUUACUUUGACUUUUGGCAGUAUUUUCACUCGUCACAAUGCCACCUUGUGAUUUACCCUCUUUCACGAUACUUCGAGCCCUCUCAUUGUACGUCGGUUUUCUCUAUUUACACCUAAUUUCGCGAUUCCAUGAUUCGCGAUUUGGUGGCCUGUCACGCUACGCAGCACCAUUCGUGUCUUUCUCCCACGCUUCACGCUCUUUAAUAGCGCGAGUUUUCUCAGUUCUUUCCGUAAGGAGACACCGUUGUGACAGAAUGUUGUCCAUUUCUUUUCUUCUUUUUAGGCCUUGGCGCCUGGAGAGUUGAUGGUAAUGCCGUUAACAUGAUGUAAGCUGUAGAAAGUGUUUUGAAAGUGAAAUAGUAAUAUACCGUAUACGUAAAUCCUCUUUGAGCCCCCCGGGUGCUUAUCUUUUUUAAGCACUGUCGAGGAUGGGGCCUUAAUAGAGAGGGGGGGGGGGGGAGUUAUUUAAUUUAGCGAAACGCAUCAACGGGAGCAAGAUUUCUCGAUGACGCUCUUGUGGUUACCGGGCGCUAUGCUGCUUUUUCUAACAAUAAGAAAAUGGUAACAAUUCUCCACAGGGAACUGGAGCGUAAAAUUGAAAAAGUUAAGCGCAUAAAGUUGGAGGUCAUGCAGCAGCCGAAGACCAAAAACAAUAUAAAGUUUCAGCCUGAAUAAACCAUAACUGAUCAGUCCACGUCAAUUGUUUGUGAAGAAUGGAGGGGAGGGGGAGGGGGAGGGGGGCUUAUUAACUUUCCUCCUUUGAAAAGGGGAUGCUUAUUAGAGAGGAGGGGCUUAAUAGAGGAUUUACGGUAUUCAAAGUGAGAAAAAUUGAAGCUUGAAGCUAUGGUUAAUUAAGGUUUUUGAGGCCAGUCACCUUGGAAAGUGUAGCCUGUACCAGUAGGGAUGUCGCGAAAAGAAGCCAGGGGAAAAUAAGACGCGAUUGAUCUGGGAAAUUGGUUAAUGUUGCUUAAACAUCCUAUAAAUGUGGUGUUUCACCCAGUGAUUGAAAAGACAGCGAAACCAGACAGAUAAAAGAUCUUCAAGAGGAGCGAACGUUCGAACCUCAUGUGUUUCAUUCAGGCUCUAAAAACGACACAAACAAAGACACACAAAAAAGCCCUCCUUGGGAUUUGUAGAAAGGCAAGCUGCGCAGAACGUUUUUCCGCGCUGAAAAAUUCCUUCUGCAAAAUAUAUGGGGUGCGCCUGCGAGUAUUUCAACUCAAGGAGUAAAGUACCUCAGCCCACGAUACGGUCAUGUGAUAAUGGUCAGAGGAUACCCUUUUUGAGAGCAGGAAUAACGACAUGCUGCUGACCAAAAGAAAAGCGGGCUUGGGAGGACCUGAGACGAACACAUGCACUGAUUCAGUUAUUUUAAUAUACCCUCGUACCCAGCGUCUUCGUUCCUCUUGUCAAGCCAGCAUGCGCAGUAAGGGACGAACAUUCGAGGUACUGGUUGCUGUUGGUACGAGUUGAUUUUUAGAGAGGAGAGGUGUGACGUCACGUUACCGUGGUAGCAAAAUUUCUGGAUCACAACAAGAGGGAGCUUAACCAACAACGACGGCGACGAAAACAAGAACGGCAAAAAAACAACAGGUUUAGAUUGGCAAGGCAACAACUUUGCACGUGCGUCACGCUUUUUUGUACAUUUCGUAGCCGUCAUUGCACGACGGUAACAUGAAACAUUUCUGGCGCCCGCUUUAUGGACUGGGUGAACACAACACAAAAAUUGUCUUUUUCUAAACUUAGAUACGGUCCUUUCGGAUUCAUCCCUAGAAAUUGUCGCCAACAUUUGACAAAUUAAUUGAAAUUGAGUGAGGUCGAUGAAGUUUGAAACAGUGCGAAUUCACUUGUUAAGUGACUUUUUCGGUUUGUUGUCAUCCAGAAAUUUUGCUACCCUGGCAAUGUGACUUAACGACUUCUCCUUUCUAUUAACUGCAAUUCUGGUGUUCUUUGAAAACUUGUUUUAUAAAAUUUACUAUUACUUAAUGUAAUUUUUUGCUUAGGAAUCUUAUUCGACGCUUAAACAUCUCGACCAUUAGCUGGGAUUAUCACAAAAAAAGUACUCUGGAAUCACGAGGGGUGUUUGCUUUAAAUAACUUCGCUAAAAUAAAACAGGAAGCCUUUCCUACGCUUAAUCGAGGAAGGUUUAAGAACAUGACCAGCAACAACAUGGUGAGCUAUGCUUUUAGCGACGACCGCGUGUCAACAGCACCGCUUUUCACCACAGUAGAUUCGUAUAUGUCCUACUAUCUAUCUCCCGAGGCCGCAGAGUUCCUUUCAGAGUUAUAUGGUUACAAAGGAGACUACAAAGAGUCUAUAAAUCCCGCAGCAUACAUAGAGUAUCAGAAGAUGCUGUUCGGUCCCGACGGUCUAUCAUUUGAAAACUUUCGACCUCUAAAAGGGAUGUCUGCGGUUGUAAACUCCCUGGUCGCUUCAGUGCGAAGAAACGGAGGAAAGCUUUAUUCGGAAAAUGCUGUGCUCUCCGUUGAUAAGGUUGAAACAAGCUUUGUUCUGAAGACAGCGAGCUUAACAAUUUUGGCGGAUAAGCUCGUAAUUGCGACACAUCCCGUUGCUUAUUUGAAGGUGAAAGGAGCAGUUUCAGAAGAGAUUCAUCGUGAGCCCGUGUUCCAGUCGAUAAAAAUCAUGCCCGCGUUCAAAGGAGCAGCGGUUUACCGUGAGGCUUGGUGGCAAAACACAACCGGAGACCUUACCUGGCUGAACACGAGGCAAAGAUUUGUUUCCAACAGUGACUGCCUUGGGACAUCAAUGCCAUACGGGUAACUAAUGCUUCAUUGUUGUCAGUAGACAUUGUGUAAUAAAUAAUAAUGGGAAAGCUCUCUUUUAUUUAAAUAAGGAGACGUGCAAAAACAGCUUGCGUGAUUCAGGCCGUGCUCUCAUCCUCGUGUUUAACUCUCUUUUUGCAACCCGUGUGACCCGCGCGCCAGUAAGGCAGCUUCGUUCGUGCGUGCUGUAGCGCAUGAUCUAGACAUGAUACAGUACCCACUGCAUGACACAAAAGUAAAAUAUCUGUGGAGCUUAAAAGCAACCAUAGGCCUUUGUUUGCAGAAAAACAAACUGGGAGCACAUUUUACAGUACUUUUAAAAUAGUUUACGGCAAAAAUGAAAAAAAAAAAAGUCAGGCAAAAGUCCAACCUUGGCAAAAGUCUGCGCUUUAUAUCUUUGCGCAUCUGGAAUAGGGGGAAGGGAGGGCGGGGCCCUGUGGCAUACCUCUACCCCUAGGUAGAAAGGCUAUAUAUAGGUUAUGUUACGACUCGAGUAUAUAGCUAAGCGCUCCGUGAUAUUGGCUUAUCAAUCCAAAAUUUAUCUCGCUAGGGGGACGGGCCCUAAUGGUGAAGCUGUUCUCCACACAAUGUAUAUGGAUGGACCCUGCAGCAGAAGGUGGGGAGAUAUUUUAAGGACCUCGAAAUCACACGUGGACAGAGAAUUAAAAAGAGCGCUGGAGUACAAGUUUGGAAGGCAGGUCCCAGACCCCCUGGACACCGUCUAUCAAUACUGGGACGAAGGAGCCUGGUAGGUUCAAUUCUGAAUGUUUCGCUGAUGAAGGUUGGAGGAGAAUUCAAUUAGCAUCCUGGCCUUCCUUCCUUUUUACCUGUGACGGAAAGAGGAAGAAAGAAAAACUAAAAACUUUUGAAUACAGGGGUACCACCAACGCGUAAAUAAAUCCGACUGGUUGUGGGGCCAUUCAAUGACGGAGACAAAGAACUUGAUGUUUCUCAUUGACUUUACCCAGCUUGAAAGGAUCCGUUAACUUGUUUUGUUAACUUUCAGUUUGUUUGUCUUAACAGUCUGUUUUUUGGAUUCUUUUUAUUAACUUACAAAAACACUCCCCAAAACAAGGACGAAGCUAGAAGUUUUCCACAAAGUUCCAGGGCAACGCUCACUUUUCCAAAUCCACAUCACCUUGUCUCCCAUAUAGUUUCCCUGAGGUGACUUGAUUAAUUUUCUGAUCUCUAUUGUUCGAAGGAGGUGUUCUUCGGGCAAUAGUAAAGGUUUCGCUUAUUCGUGUGUGGCAAAAUUUUUUGAGAGAAAGAACACUCCAUGUUUCGCCCAUGUACUGGAACCCGGGAAAUGUUUACUUGUGGAAUUUGGAAUCUGGAAUCUGGAAUCUGGAAUCAAGGAAUUCGGAAUCCCGCUAAUUACUGAAUCAGGAAUCCGGACUCUCCCGACAAGGAAUCUGGAAUCCAGUAUCUGGAAUCCGGCAUCCACUGCGUGGAAUCAAGAAUCCAAGACUUUCUUGGAUUACCUUAUAUAUGGGGUCUCUCUCCUCCGCAGCGUAGAGGCUCCAAGGGGCGUGGCGCGAGUGAUUGUGGAAAUCCAAAAACGCGUCCUUGAACCUGUGCGGAAAGAGGAGACGCGCGGGGGGACACGUUGAUCUUCAAUUUUUGUGUACGAUUCAGUCGAGAGUCAAAAUUAUCGCGUGAUUUGCUUAGCUACGCUUUGUGAUUGGUUCAAGAUCUAUUCACACGUUCGCGUACCCACAACCAAUCAGAAGUAAUCCCACUAACCGACGUCAACCUGCCCGCACGCUAUUGGCGCUGCGCCCGCUAGAUACUCCUCUUCGAAAUCUGAUAAGUUCAUUUUCCUUUUUCUACGGGUCUUGUGAUUGGCCAGUUUAGAAGAAAAGAUUAGCACCGAAGACUGAUCACCUGCCUUGACCAGUUGUCCUUUCUUUCUUUGCACCAGGCAUUUCCAGAAGCCAGGAUUUAAUUACACUCUCACGGAGGUCAGUGAUUGGGCAAAACGCCCUUUCCCGGGACAGGAAAUCUUUGUCGUUGGAGACGCGUAUAAUCCUUACAGGGGGUGGACUGAGGGCGCUAUACUGUCAGCUGAUAACGCGUUGCUUGAGGGCUGGAAUAUUCCGAAGAAAAGCAUUUCAAGAAGGAAAAGGACGAAAUCAGUGCCGCUCAGCGAACUAGUGUUGGAUCCUUCCACAGAAUUCCAGAUACACUAGGGCAGGUGUAGACUGAAUCUUACAAGCGUCCAGGGCAAUUUUAGAGUUUGGGUUUAUCGGAUAAGGAGCUUUUAUUAGACUGAGGCGUUUAUUUAAUUCCUUUCGAAGAUUUUCCUACAGAGAACAAAAUUUUAGUUUUUUAAUAAACUAUUGUCUGUAAAAUGACAAAAGUAACAAGUACUUCGCAAGGUCGAUAUCCAUCUUUGCUUCGUCAUGAAUAGAAACCGGAAAUUUGUCAUAUCUGAGGUUCCAUUUGUCCUAUGCAAAUCCUUUUUGUUCCUGGCCAUUUUAAGUAUUACGCAAUAUGAAACCACAUGAAAUAACUCUCAUACUCAGCUUGGGCCGCCUGAGGUCGACUUUUAAUAUUUUGGCUCCAACAAGCAUGUUCUUUGCCAUGAUUUUCCUUUUUUGUGAGAAAUAAUAGGUGGUUUCGUAAAACGUUGGCAAAGUAGUGGUUGGUUUUGUAUUAGAUUCCACUUUUCCAUUAAACGGCUUCUGUUAUAGUAAGGGCUGGGAGGCACUGACAUUUCUUUUUUUCGUUGCUGUUUUGUUUCAGGAGCGCGGACUUUCAGUUUUUGUGGGUUUUAUUUAUUUCUGAUAGCAUUUUUUCUUUCAAAUUGUGUUGGUAGCCUCUGUCUAUCAAGCGUUUUGUUGAAGUUUGAAAUACUUUCCUCACACAUUGCUUGCGGGUAAUGUGUAGGAAUAAGUGGGUUGCUCUGUAGAAAUUUUCAUACACUCUGUACUGACCGAUCAAUACUCUCGUUUGGUGGUAUAUUUGUUUUAAGACUUGUGACGU